AAUGAACCCUCGGGACGUGAGCUUUAAUGCGCACGAGCAGCUCGAGAUACUGGCCGAGAUCAUCAAGUCCAGCAAUAUCCAUCCGGACGUGGUCGUCCACUUUAUACGACAGCACGGCAUCAUCCCCGUUUGGGGUGAUGUGGCGCUCCCAAGGGGACGGACUGUCAAUCAAUGCAGUAACUGGUUUUACAGUGUCGUGAAUCAACCUGGCCCUUCUGGACCCGCUUCUGGCCAUAACAGAUCUCAGAGUCUUCAGGGACCCGUUCCAGCGUCCUCUCUGAAACGUCCGUUCAGCCCAGAUCAACAUUCUUUUGCAGGUGGCCGUCUCCUUGUGCCCAAGCCACCAAUGUCCACCAUCGGGAACAUACUCAGUCAACAAGCUGAGCCGCCAAAGAAGAAACGCGGCAGACCUACGAAUGCAGAGAAGGCCGCUAGAAGCCAGCAGGAGCUCUUACAUGGACAGCCAUUGCCGCCUUCUCGACGCAUACCUCCGCUUGCAAGUGGUAGCGGCAGCAAUGUUGUCGCACCAGGUCCUUUGUCCAUCGCAGCACAUGCUGCCCAAGCUGCAAUGACGCCGCAACUUCGCGACCAGCCUCCAAGUGCAGAAGAAUCUGAGACCUCUUCUGGCAAGAAGAAGCGAGGUCGUCCUUCCAGCAUAGAGAGGGAGACACGGCGGUUGCAGCAAGCUUAUGGCGAGCCCCAUGAAGCUGCUCCAGGACCUAGCCAUCCUGGUCCAUCACGAUAUCCGAACAUACUCUCUCCCGAGGAAGCUCCCGGAGAAGGGAGUUCCAGACGACAAGAAGGCUCACCAAGGGGCGACCCAGCAACAUACCGA